AUUAAAUGGUCAUUCGUACCCACUGGCUGCUCUGGGCUGGUCUCCACAUCCGCCCAGUUUUACGUCAGGAAGGGAAGCCGAUAUAUUUCCUCCCCUCCUUUAUCUAAAGGAAGUGCUGAAAAAAACCACAGCAGCAAAGUGCCACAGCACCUUUUCCACUGGCCGCUCAGUUGGAGUCUGAGGAAGAAGAAGUCGAAGGAGUUUGCGCAGAGUCACCAUGAAGACCAUCAGGGUUCUCGUCCUGCUGCUGCUCGUGUCUGUCCAUGUCUUCACACCAGUUUCAUCAGCAGAGGAGAUUCGAACAACAACAGCAGAUGCAAAGCUGCCAACAACAACCCCAAAAGUCACAAUUACACCUCUAACAACAGCUACAACCAAAACACCAACAACAGCACCAACAACAGCACCAACAACAGCACCAACAACAGCACCAACAACAGCAACACCAGCAGCAACCACAGCAGCAACCACAGCAGCAACCACAGCAGCAGCACAAACAACAGCAUCACAAGCAACACCAGCAGCACCACCAGCAGCACCAACAACAGCAUCAACAACAGCAUCACAAGCAACAGCAUCACAAGCAACAUCAGCAGCAACCCCCCCAGCAACACCAACCCUUGUAUCUAAUGAUGCCACCACCAAAAGUCCUGAUGAGACCAAGGUUACGACUCAAGCACAUAAGACUGCUACACCUGCAGCAACAUCUCCAGACAAGAAGGUGAACACCAGUCCUGCUGUCCAUGUCAACGUGACUGAAACUGGAAGAGAUGAAAGCACUGAAAAACCAAACAAAGUACAAAACACCUCUGCACCUCCUCCAAUGACUCCAGGACAAAAUGAUACAAGUCAAGAUGCAGGUUCUCAAACUGACAAAGAUCUUCCUGAAGAACCCACAACAUCAGACAAGAGGCUGUGGUGGAUCGUGCUGCCCGUCCUGCUGGUCGCAGCUGCUGCUUUCAUCCUCCUCAAGUUCCAAUGCAAGAAGAUCCACGAUCACACAGAAACUAUUGAUACUGGAACUGAGAACGCAUCUUUCCAGAGCAGGCCGGAAAGCACCAAAGAUGGAGUCAUGCUCCUCGGAGUGAAGUCAUCAGGCGAGAAUGCUGCUGCCAGAUAAAAAAGGAGGACAUCAAGAACAGUGUGUGCCUCACACCUGUCGCCCACACAAUGAUGAUCUGGAAGAACUGUUUGAUUUCUUUGAAUUUUCUCGUGAUUUUGUGAAAACAUGCAAAAAGUAUGUAUGAUUCUGUAUGCUGAAAUCAGGGUGUAUUGAUACAUUUCAGAGUAAGUCAACCUAUUUUCAAUUACAAUAUAUUUGAUUCAGUAAAUCUUUAUAUUGAUAACCUAGGCUAAAUACUGUCAGCCUGUGGAACAGAAAUAAAAGCACCCUUUAUUUCAGUAUACUGUUGACAAACACAAAUACAGCUGCAGAUCUCUGUCUACAUGUUUGUCACAAAACACCUUCCUGUACAGUGCACUGACCUCAGAUCAUCAUAUGUUUGAUGUAAUUAAUCUGUUGAUUUCAUCGUUUUAUAAUUACCCUUUGGUUGUUGCUUAUCACAUAUGUGCCUUGAACUGCUUUGUAGGUUUUUUUUGUAGGUUUUUUUGCUUUGUUUGUUUUGUGUCAAUUUCACUUUUAUCACAGGCUCUUUUUAGCUGCUCAUUUGUGCUUUUCAUGUAUCAGUUAAGAUGUUAAAUAUUUCACCAGUUGUUUCUACUGAAAGCUUUUUAAAGUACACAGCUGUCAGAAGGAUUUGUAUUGAUGGUAAUUUACUUCUUUUUUUGUCGGUAAAUAUAAAGACGGGUUGUAUACAAAGACACUGGAAAUGCUUUUUGGCUGGAAUGUGUUGCUCUCCAUUUACAUGUUCUCAAUAAAUCACAAGAGCAAGGUU